GUACACUCAUCUCAUCGCGACAAUCAUCCUAGUAGUCCUGUUGGGGUUUUAAAGAGACAGACACUCUCACGUUUCCUCUCAUCCCUCCCUCUUCAGGAUUUUUUUUCCCUCCAAAACAGAGCUUCAGUCUGCUCCCCUGAGCAGUGAUGUGACGCUCAGCUGGUGCUCAGGCUGCAGAGGGUGACUCCUUUUCUUUCACCCAUUUCUUUAGUGUGGGUUUAUGUAACAAUGGCUUGAUGGUGCACUUCUCUGGAAGACCAUAGGCGUUGCAGUGCAGUAGUCACUUAGGCACACACUCAUGCAGACACACAGAGGCGUUGCACACUAGCUUCUGCAGCGAUCUGCUUGCUUUGGCAAUGCUGAGUCUGCCUGCUGAUAACGAUGCAGUUCUGCAGGAAGGUGCUGUGCCAGCCGUGUAGCGCCAGGGUUACUUCACCAGAGGAGGAUAUGGAAUACAAGAUGGGGAGCUGCAUCAGAAUCUCACGCAAACAGUGUCUCCCAGGCAGCUGAUGUGAGAGGCUGAUGGUCUGGGCAGUUGUGGCCCUGCAGCUGGCCGAGCCAUGGGCAACGAGAGCAGCACCACUGAGGCGUUGCCAGAAGAGGGCGCUCCAGAAAACGUGGUUCUGUUUCCUCCUGAGGAAAAAGAAAAUGAGUCUUUGCAGAUCGAAGCUCACGCUGACAGUCUGAGUGGAGUGGAGAACAAGGCCCUCCUGACUGAAGCCUCCACCCGUCAACCCAACCUGCUGUCCCAACCAGUGCUCCCAGACGUCCCAGUUGUCUCUGGAGUGGAGGAAAGCCCAGGAUCAGCUACAGACCAUGAGGACAAGGAGGAGCUGGAGUUUCCUCAUGACCUGCUUCCAAGUUUGGAUUUCAGCAGCGAGCUCAAAAACUGGGAGUUCUCUCUAGGAGCUCCUAGUAGCUCAGGCAGGAGGAAAUGUGAGCCAGUGAACCCCCUGCUGGUCGGCUUACAGCAUCACAUGGAAGUCAGUCAGCCUCUGGUGCUUCUGGGCCACAGGCCCGAUGGCGGCCACCCCGUGACCCCAGAUGUCCAUCUUUUACCUCAGAAUCCCGACACGCCAGGAUCCCCGACCCCUUCCUCAUCUGCUUUCAUUGACUGGGAACUCCAAGAGGCAUUCCAAGAAUGCGAAGAGCAAAUGGCAUCCCUGCUCACUCCUGCACAGCUCAUCAGCGAUGAGGAGGUGUGCGAUGAGUCUUGUGAGUCAACUCCAAAUGUAGUCCAUCCAGGACCUAGCAACCGGGACCAUGGAAACAGGAGAAGACGUGGAAACGGUGAGGCUGCAAACAGCCAGAUGGGAACGGUCGUGUUUAGCUUUCGGGAUUACAUUCUGGGAAAGGAGAAUAACGUCGGGACAGCAGAAACAGGAAGUGGAUUCGAAGCUACAGUGAGUCUGGAUGAAUGUUCAGAAAUAAGGCCAGCAAUAGAUGGACAGAAGGAAACACCUAAACCGUUAGAGGAGAAAAAUGCUAAAUUUUCAGAUCUCAGUGACCAGAAAGAAAGUCUAAAUCAUACUGAGGGAUGUGUCAUUGUAGGCGUGGGCGAUGAAGAGUUAAACACAUGUGCAGCGACAGAAACUCUGAUCAAAAAGAAAGAAAAUAUAAGGGAAGACCACAAUAUCAAUGCUCUGGUGGGUGAAACGGAGGCAGGUCACUUAGACACAUCCAGAUGUAGCUCACACUCAAACACCAAGUUAUCAGAGCGGCAGUCAGGAUCAGGGAUGGACAAACACAACCAGGACAAUCAGGUAGAGACACAGGUGAGCUCAACAAGCAGCAAACAAGCUGUGCAGAACAUAGAAGCAAAGAAAAAGAAACAUCGGAGAAAGAAAAAGACGGAGAAACAGAAAGCAGCGGUACCGUCUGAAAGCAAACUUGAAGCUGUGUCACCCAAAAAAAGUAGCAAUGCUGCAUCACUGCCAGAGGUAGCUGCUGGGAAUGUGAUUUGUGGAGAGCACACGGACAACCGGGAUGAUUAUGAGCUGAAUCCAGAGGGAAUUCUGCUCUCCUCUCAUAGCAGGCGGGAUCGUCUUACUUCCUGUUCACCUGUUUCCAACCAGGAUUGUUCACAGAGAUCCAAUCAGCCAGAUAACCACAACCACAUGGAUGCUCAGACUAGUAUGAUUCACAGCCUCCAUGAAAGCUCACAGCGUGUAAAGGAAGGGCAGAAGCAGGAGGCUGCAGCAGAAACACCCUCACGGGAAAACCAGAGCGUAGUCCCGAACAGCAGAUCCUGUCUGGGAGAGAGUAGCACAGAGAGCGGCCUUGAAAAAGCUUUAAUAGUAGUUAAUGCGUUGCCACUGACAACACCCACACUGCCAGAAGUGAUGGAAAGCGAGGGAGAGGGAGAAAGCACGAGGCGUGAUUUAGAGACGAGAGCGGCUACAGUAGCAUUCGUGGAGAGUAAGACAGCAGUGGGAGGCAAAAGCCUGGGGGGACAAGAAAGGUGUCUUGCUCCUGCAGAUGAGGGAGACAAACUCCUGGACGACCCCCCUCAGCUCUUGUUAACCUGCUCACGGGGAAGCUGCACAGUUUCAUCAUCAGCCAAAGAGGGACAGAUUGCUUCUGGGAAAGGGUGCAGCAGCAAAAUGCCACACAACUUGGCUGAGACUGAAACUAAGGGACGGCGGGAGACGAGCAUUCGCAGUCCAGACACAGAGAUCUCUCUCUCAGAGGAGGGGGACGCAGAAAGGGAGCGGCUGCGAUCAGAAGCGUCUCCCUUUUGGCUGCUCACGGCUUCCGACAGUCGGGACUGGAGUGCUGCAGGACCGGACAGACCAGGAGAGGAGAGAGAUGUGAGAGAGGAGGUGGGAGAAGGAGGAGGAAUAGCUAGGGAGUGCAUUUCCUCCAGUCAGCCAGAAGUCUCUGCUGGUGUGGUGUCAUCCGCUGAGACAGAGACGAGUCCGCCUGGUGAUGCUGCCGAGUCACAGCUGAAGUCACAGAGCAGGAGCAAGCGGAUUGCUGCGACCACUCAACAGGACCACCUCCCUUUCCUCUGCCAGCAACAGCAUGACUUAACAGUUUUACCUCUCCUCGCUAAAACCGGCAUGAGCUCCAGCAGUUCACACGGAGGGAUAGAGCCGGAUCUCACACAGUCUUCAGAGGACGUGUCUUAUUUGGGUCAGCAGAGCGAGAACUCACCCCGCACAGAAGAAACCUGCAAACAAGUCUUCCAGUCUUUAUGCACUUCGCAUGGAAGGAUGCAACAAACCAGCAGCAAUCAACAGGUUCAACCCAGUAGCCCAACUGAAUCAAAGACAAGUGAAGCUGAUUUCCAGGUCAAAGGUCAUGCCCAGAGCGACUGUGGUGACCCCGCUGUGUCUGGAGUGGAUGUCCGGCUUAGAAACAGCAGCAAAGGUAACAACAAAGUUCACUUUGCAGAUGAUUUGGAGCAGAAAUGCAGCUUCUCUUCAGACUUUAGGACCACGUCUGACCCGUUUUCAGAUUGUGCCUCUUUGCCUCCACUGACUGUCCACGAGACACUGCACCAUCCUGUCACGGAGGCCAGCUACACCUUCGUUAACUCUCCUAGCUUGGUGGAGCCAGGGAUCCGAGCAGCGACCAAGAAUGAAGCAGACAGUCCAGAGCCUCAGAAGAAUAUUAAGUUGGGUCAAGAAGGUAACAGUGAUUUGAAGACAGACAGCUUCAUGGAUCCCACAGCGAGCUUGAGACAAAGCCUGGAGCUUGAGACAACGCCUGGAGGUGUCCAGCUGGUGAUCAGUGCAAAGAGAGGAUGUGAAGUUUGUUCUUCUGAGACAGAUGAGUCUAAGGGCUUAGGUGAGAGCGACCUGACUCGUGUUACCGUGACUCUUCAGGAAAAUGGAGAGAGCCAGCAUCUCCCACCUGUGCUUCCAGCUGAGGAUGUUACCUGCACAACUGUUUCACUUGUUGAGCAGAAUAGUUUCGGUCUUCAUCGCAAGUCAGAAUCUGACCCCAGUUCUGAGCCGUCCAGUCGUUUGGUGGGAACCUCUCAAAAUGGCCACGCUAACGUGGAUCUCGUGGCAGCACCUGAACCCGAAGCAGUUCUGGUGCUGUCUCCCGGUCCAAUGUUGAGUCACUUAGAUUUGAUUAGUGACUGCGAUGUCUCUCAUCCAGAGCAUGCAGAUAACCGCGGUGCUGAUGGAGUCUUCUGCACCGGUGUCUCCAGAGAGGCGGACAGCAAUGAGAGCGGCGAAGCGCUGCUAAUGCCUCUAGCACAGGAUUUGCAGCACAGUAAAGUCAGAGCCGUGGCAGAUGAGACGUGUGCAGAACCGAUCGAUGGAGAGGAUGCUUUAAAUUCUGCUAUCGAUGAUGCAAACAUUUCUGUUUCACAAACAGAAAAUCUGCCUCAGUCAGCCAAGUCUGUUGCACUAUUUGAAGGAUCAUCUCAGCGUCCCACUGAGUGUGACUCUACUGACCCUAAAGCUGUUAUUUGUGAAAUAUCUGUGAGAAAUGAUCCAAAUUUCAGCUCAGAUCUGCCUGCUACUGAGGCAAACAGAAGGAAACAUCAGACCGUCACGCUUUCUGAGGAGAAGAAGAACCUAAACACAGGAAUAAUAAUGCACAAUCAACAGGAAACAAUGGACAACAGAGAGCAGCAGGCCGACUCAGCUCCACAGUGGCACAAUGAGGAUGUCCAGAAAGCUGCAGGCUUAAAGACACUAAAGGACUUCACAAUAAAAGGAGAAGAAAACAAGAAAUUCACACUGAAAUCUGAAGCAGCGUCUACAUUCUCUGGGAAAUACGAGGACAUGCUUCCAUCUGAGUCAGAGCCUCACAGUGAAAGUCAAACUGUUUAUGUUCAGAGUUCGGGCCAAACUGUCUCAGCAGUACUGGAAUGCAGCUCCAACAUGAACGCCGUGUCUGAUCCGAGGCCGGCUCUUGUCCAAACGCAGUCCUCACCACAUCUAAACAGUCCUUCUCGGCAGAGUCUGGGAUCCAGACACUCUGCAGAGGAACUGUCAGGUGGCUUCGCAGAAGAGGAAGCAAAGACGUACAGUCAGGCACAAACAGCAGCUCCAGGCGAGGAGCUGGGAGCAGAGCGAGGAUGCAGCUCUGUUAGGAGUUUGUGUCAGUCAGGGAGACAGGAUGACUCGUCAAAUGAUCACAAAAGUAAGGAAACACAAGCUUUACCAGAAGAUGUGCUGUCUGACUUUUGCAGCGAUUUAAACAGAGACGGAGAUGUGGCGGGUGAGAGAAGAGCGACAGACAUCACUAUGAUCUCUGGAUUACAACAAAACGACCACAAAGCUACUGAUUUAUCAGCUGCUAGUCAUAGAAGACCUGAAAACAGUUCCAUUUCUGUUGAGUUUGCCCCACUCUCACCUUUACAAAACCAAGUAUCAUCACAUGUUAGCUCAGACGGUCGAGCAGACAUUCCUCCAAGCGAAAAACAAGAAAUUCUCACACCAGAUUCUAGUGAGCAGCCAGAAACGGGAGUAAAGGAUUUAAGUAUUGCUUCAACCGUGAAUAGUGCGGGUGUUGGAAAUGGGGAGUGUGAAAUUAGGGCUGUAGAGCUACAAAGCUGCAGUAAAACCUCUGACACACAAAGAAUCCCAGUGGAGCAAACCGCCUUAAAAGCCUCUAAAAAUGAGGAAAUUACAAAAGAUGGUGAAAAAGUUGGCAGUGAUGGAGAGAACACAAGAGAGGAAAAGGUUCCCGACAAUGAUGAAGAGACUGAGGAGCAGGUUUUAAAGCCAAAGGUUAAAGACGGUAAAUUAGAAUCGGCUUCAGGAACAGUUUGUUCCUCAGAGGGCGGUGUUGGCCUUUCAGCUGACAACCACGAUGAUGAAUCUCACAAAGGGACUCCUGAAGUCAUCCUUGUCCCAUCUCACGUUCUGUCAAAACCCCUGGAAGGUUUUCCAUCCACCACCCCUGUAGCUUCUAACGGGUCUGAGCCCCCCUGUGAUCUGGGGCGUUUGUCAGAGCACCAGGAUGGUUUCAUGGGAAGUUCCUCCAUCGCUGCUCCUCAGUGUGACAGAAAAUCCCCUGAAAAGACUACUGCCUGCAGCUCUGUGUCUGAGGAGGUAGAAGAUGCUGAUGUGUCAGAGAGUUCUUCUCCGGAGGGAGAAACCCACAGACCAGAUACCAACUGGAUACAAGCCCUGAAAGAAGCAGCAUCCCUCUCGCAGAGUGAACCAGAGGAUGUCUUGAGACCCCUGCCAUCUCUGGAGCCCCCUCAGCUAGAGUUUCUGACUCCCACUGAGGACAUAGCAGCUCCACUGAUUCUUCCAUCAGAGCAGGGGGCAGAAAAUGCAACAUCUCCAUCACCCGUAAAGAGGCCGGUAGACCUCCCAGAACCUCUAGAAAGGAUAGCAGAUCCUCCAAAACCAUCACAGCUUGCAGCAGAACUUCCCAAACCCAUGCAGAGCCCAAGGGCACAACUCUCAGAAGAAACAGAACAAAAAGCCAAAGCAGAACCAUUUCCAGACCAGUUUCCAGAAUCUGACGAGAAACUUUUAGAGGAAAAGGAAGAGCAGGUCGAGGCCUUGAAACCAACCAAAGUAGUAGAAAGGAUCCCAGAAUCGGGAAGUGCUGAAGAUCUGCUGCCAGAGAGGUCAACAUGUGCUGAACAAGAAGAGGAGAAGCUGCGAGAGGAGCAGGGAGAGAAACCAGCAGACGGCCCACCUGUGGAAAUCUUAACUGAGACAUCAGAAGUGACAGGAGAUCCUUCUACAGGGCUUCAGCACUGUGGGUCAUCACUCACUGGCCAAACAAAUACAGGUCACUCUGCUCCUGUUCCUCCUUCUAACGAGCACUUCCUACAUGCCAGUCCUCCUCACCUCCACCCCGCCCCAGAGAGUCACACACCUGAGGCCCUACUCACUUCUCCCUGCCUGCUUCCUCCAGCCCCUGCUGCUCCUUUCCACCUUUGUGAGAACCCUUUCAGGAGCUCAGACUCUGAUGGUGCUUUUGAGACUCCAGAAUCUACAACUCCAGUGAAGUCUGCUUCUCCCAUCGAGGUCCAUACCGAGGAGCUAAGAUCUGAUGACAAAGAUGCCACCAGUUCAGUGAGUGACCUUACAACAGACGUUACCGAAGCCAAUCCGGCUCGCUGCUCUCCUACCACUGUUUUUGAUGAGAACAAGCCCAUAGCUGCUAGCGGCUCCUAUAACAUAGACGUUUGUGCCGUAGAACCAGCGUGUCUGACCCGUUCUCUCAGCCUCCAGGGAGGAGAGCUAGACAGCACUGAGCUGUUGGAUGGAUCCGUGUCAGAAGGCUUCCGUCCACAUUCUGAAUCCUUCAGCGUAGGCACAGAGAGUGCCCCGGGUACGCUUCGCAGGCCCAAGAAAGUCCGUCCAGGGUCUGUGAAGAAGAAGCCCCUCCUCAGGCAGAACUCCAACCCCGAGAGCUCGAAGCCAGCCUCAUCCAGCAGCACUCCAGAAAUCAAGAAGCGGGCAAAGCCUCAAACUGCCAGCCCCCUGCAGCCUCAGGAGGAAACAGAGGAAGGCUCCGCUACUCCAAGCCUUGGAGGGACUCUUGAAAAACCACAGAAGAGUCAAGUGGAAACUCCUCCUCCUCUACCUGAGGAAACAAAUCAUACCUGCCAGGAGGAGAGCUAUGGUGUCCCUGCAUUACCCUUGUGCCAAGAGGAAAGCUCUCAGCCGGCUAGUCUAACAAACAAGGACACCUCUCCUAUCCCUCCUAGUGCCUCAUACAAAUGGGAUCCAAACAAUUUUGAAAGCAUCGACCCCUUCCGGACUGGAGGUAGUAAAAUUGCCAAUUCCCCUGUUCUGGGUCGUAAAAGUCCUGUUUGUGGCCCCACAUCUAGCCCCCCAGAGAGUCCUCCUGUACCUGCGUUGGAAUCACAGCAGCUUUCUCCCCCAGCUCCUGUAGAAGCACCAGUCAACAACCCUGAGGAGCAACCUAUUUUACCCAAGCGUCAGCCGGUAAGACUGGAGUUUGACUACUCAGAGGAAAACCCAGAGGCAUCACAUCAGGCUUCUCCUCCACUUAAAAAGGUGGGCAAGAAGCCUAGAGCCAAGAUGCCGCUGAGGAAACCAAAGCUGGGGCUGAAGAAGCCCCCUCCAGCUCAGACGGAGCAGCUGGACAACAAUCCUCCUCCACCUCACGGGAGCAGCGAGGAUGAAAUCACCAUUCCUGCAGCGUCAUACAACUAUGACCCUGAUAAGUGGGAGGACCCAAACUUCAAUCCGUUCUCUUCAAAAAAAGGCAUCUCCAGCUCCCCCAAAUUAUCCAGACCAUCGUACAACUACGACCCCGACAACUUCGACGACUCCGUCAACCCUUUCAGAUCCUCCAACAAGAUGUCCAGCUCCCCUCCCAAGGCCUCCGCUUCCUUUGAAAUGUCGCCCAACGACUGUGACAAUGAAAACGACAACAUCGGGGAACUGGUGGACCAAAACCAGAACAGGCCUGCCAAGAAGAAGAAAACACCGAUAAAAUCGAAGUCCAGGGGCAUGUCCUCUCUUUGUUGUAUGUUUAAUACUUUCAGAGUGAAGAGGUCACCAAAGAAAUCACCAUCGUCUGUAACAUGCCAGGAUCCAGAUGAAUCCCUUCAUUCCCAGGAAGAUCACGCCACAGACGAGGAGAAGUUGGCCUCCUCCACCAAUCACAAGUGGACAGUCCAGCAUGACGUGGACUCGGAUUUGAACGCCGCUCACCACGACUUCCCCGAGCCCUGUGACAUCACAUCUUUUGUUAACGAGAACAGUCUUCCUCAGGAGGCUCCAGUGCAAGAUUAUGAAAUUGAGUACAUGGAGAAGAUUGGCUCUUCGUCUCCUCUGCUUUCUGUGAAGAAGCCAUCUUUGUACUUGAAUUUGGAUCCGGUGUCUGACAACUUAACCAAAACUACAUGUGCUCAUGGAUCUGAGCCCAGCUCCCCGUGCACUGGGAGCUUUGAAGAGAUUGAGGCUCAGAUAUCUGCGGGGAUGAAGACGCCGGUGUUAAGUUCCCGGCCCGGUCCUGAAGGCUGUGCUGCGGACAAAGGCAGGAAAAGAGAAAACGAGGUGCUCAGCCGAACACAGAGCACCGAGAGGGAUGAGCAGCCCUCUAGCCAAGGCCCUACGGAGGCCCCUUCACCGGCCCACACCAUGCCCCCAUUAGACAGGCUGUCUGAGUGCGACGCCCCCCUGCAGUACCUGGAGCCUGACCUGGCUGAGACCAACCCAACCGCAUUCGCCCAAAAACUACAGGAGGAGCUGGUGCUUGCUGCCCUGAGACUUGAGGCUCUGCAAGUAGCCCAAAACAUCUCUCAGUGCCCCUCCCUCUCCACUGUAACCCCUCAGUCUCGACUCAAGAAACCCAGCACACGGCGGUGGAAUAUCAACGGUUCACCCUUACUCAAACACAGAGACUUGUCAUCUCCAGUGGAGAGUUCUGUGCCCAGGAGCUCCCUCUACGGCAGGACCACCACCACCAGCAGCUACAUCGAAAGCGAGAGUCCUCACCUGCCAGGAGAUCUGGACCAGUCGCUGGACAUUGCACGAGAAGAGAUUGUGACAAAGGAGAAAGAAGUUCUAGAGUGGCAAAGGAAGUAUGAGGAGAGUCGACAGGAAGUGGUGGAGAUGAGGAGAAUUGUUGCUGAAUAUGAGAAGACCAUUGCUCAGAUGAUAGAGGAUGACCAGAAGGAGAAGUCUCUCUCCCAUCACACCAUCCAGCAGCUCAUCUUGGAAAAGGACCAGGCGCUGGCCGACCUCAACUCGGUGGAAAAGUCUCUGGCAGACCUGUUCCGUCGUUACGAGAAGAUGAAGGACGUGCUGGAGGGCUUCCGCAAGAAUGAAGACGUAUUGAAGAAAUGUGCUCAAGAGUACCUGUCCAGGGUGCGCAAAGAGGAGCAGAGAUAUCAAGCCUUGAAGAUUCAUGCAGAGGAGAAAUUAGACAAGGCCAAUUCAGAGAUAGCCCAGGUGCGAGCCAAGGCCAAGCAGGAGCAGGCGGCCCACCAGGCCAGUCUGAGGAAAGAGCAGAUGAAAGUGGACUCCUUGGAGCGCACGCUGGAGCAAAAGAACAAGGAGAUUGAGGAGCUGACAAAGAUCUGUGAUGAGCUGAUCGCCAAGAUGGGGAAAAGUUAGCAGCCUCAAAUCGAGGGAACCCGUUGCCUUCCUCCUUAACUGUUCUGUACAUUCUUUGAUGUGUCAGUGUGUCAUACUGUAUCAGGAGUCCGGUUUCAAGUUUUAGAGAAUCUAUCAUAUCAGUGACAAGUGUGUGUGUGUGUGUGUGUGUGUCUGUGUGUGAUAGAGUGAAAGCGUUGUUUGUUGGAUAAAUUUAUGAUGUUGCCAUGACAGCCACUGAGGGAGAAGACUGUUCCCCCCUCCUGUUAGCGUCUCCUUUUGCUGCGAGAUGAAGAUAGAUUUUUGAAAGACUUCCAGAUGUUUAGAUUUAUUCAUUAAAAUGUUAAUACACCUAACAGAACUAGAGCCCUGCAUGUAAGAAACGUUAAUGUUUGUAUAUAAUGUACUGUAGAAAGUUUGAUAUAGUUAUUCUGUCACCUUCGCCUCACCUUUAACCAUUUAGAUACUUGUUAUUGUUUCUGUUUGUUUUUGGAUGUGGAACUUUAUUUUUGGAUUUUAUAUUGAUAUAAAUCAAACAUUUUGGAUGACUGUAUCCUAGUCCUGCAAUGAUUAGCUAUUUGUCACGCUGAGGCAAAACUUCUCUGCACAGCUACUGUGCGACAUCAGCUUACAACGUGCAAUAAAAGAUGGCAAUACUG